AUGGCCCUAAAUCCGAAGGACUUUCAAAAGUUAAUUAAAGAUACCAUGAAGGCGAUUAUGUCCGAUCAAACCUUCAUGGAGUCAUUAAUAAGAAAUGUUACUGAUCAUCUGAAUGGCAAACUGGAUGAAAUAAUGUCAAAACAACAACAGAAGAUAGAAGAAUGUGAAACCAAGAUCAAAUCACUUCAAAGUGAAAAUGAGAAUCUACAAACUCAGUUAGACAAACACGAUCAGUUCCAGAGACGAAACUGUCUGCGUAUAUUUGGCAUACAAGAAAGUGAGGGUGAGAACACGGAAGAUCUUAUGCAUAAUUUAAUUAAUAAAACCAUGAAAUUAAAAAUAAAUGUAGCAGCGAACACCGAAUAUUGUUACCGAGUUGGUCGUCCAAAUAUAAAAAGCAGUCAAACACUUAUCGGGGAAAGAAACCAAACAAAACCUCGUGCAAUACUAAUCCGUUUCUCGAACUAUAAAGAAAGACAAAAAGUUAUGGAGAAUGUUCGAUUAUUGAAAGGCAGUGGCGUAGUGAUCAGGGAAGAUCUGAACAGAGCACGACUGGAAUUGUUGAAAGCAGCAACAAACAAAUAUUCAUAUAGAAACGUAUGGACAAGGAACGGAGACAUCUUUGCGAAUGUAGAAGGCAGGAAAAGGAAAAUAGAGAAACAGAGCGACUUGAAAUAA